AUGUAUUWGUGCAUUGAUUAUAAUUAUUGGUCUAAACGUGGUAUUGUUGGACCCAAACCAAUACCCAUUUACGGUAAUCUAUUGGCUUUAAUAUUAGGACCUCAACCUAUACAGGAGCUAAAAUGGUUCAAAAAAUUUGGCAAAAUUUAUGGUAUAUAUAUCGGUACAAAACCGGUACUACGUGUGGCCGACCCGGAGCUCAUCAAAGAUAUACUCAUUAAGCACUUUGACGUAUUUACUGACAAAACAGUACAAGUGUUUACCGAUCCGUUUUCAUAUAAGAGUCCAUUUCUAAGCAAUGAUGACCACUGGCAUCGUUACCGAAAAUUGAUAAGUCCAUUAUUUUCAUCGGGCAAACUCAGUCACAUAUAUCCCAUAAUUGACCGGUGCGUCAAUGACUUAACCAAACAUUUAGAUCACAUGGAUUCGGGUAGUGGUGAGAUCGAUGUCAGUGAAAUGUCUGGCAGAUACUCAUUGGAUGUCAUACAUACCUGUGCUCUCGGCUGUAAACUUAAUGUCUAUGACUUACGCGAAACGGAAAUAGAGUUUAUUCGUUAUGCCAGAAACUAUAAAAAUAACGCCAACACUAAACCCGAAACUAAUGACAAAUUGCUUACAACUGUUGAGAUAAUAGCAAACAGUUUGAUGUUAGUGGUGGGUGGUUAUGAGGGACCGGCAACAAUGUUAACGUUUUGCUUGUAUGAGCUAACACUUAAUCAGGACGUCCAACAAAAACUAUACGACGAGUUAACCGCAUAUACUGUCGAUAAAGAGGACAUCAGUUGCGAUAAGUUAUGGGAACUGUCAUAUUUGGAUGCAGUGGUCAGCGAAACAUUUAGACUACAUCCAACAACAUUGGUAAUACAACGAUACCCAAAACGUGACUAUCGUUUAGGUAAUACUGGUAUAACUAUUGAACGGGGACAACAAAUUGAGAUACCGGUCUAUGGCAUACAUCUAUCGGAACAAUACUAUCCCGAUCCCUAUCGAUUCAAUCCGGAUAGAUUUCUGCCGGCAAAUAAAACAAAUAUAAUUCCCUAUACUUAUCUACCGUUUAGUGCCGGUCCUCGACAAUGUUUGGGACAACGACUGGCGCUCAUUGAAAUAAAACUGGCGGUCGCACAGUUGGUUCGCAAAUACCGGUUCAUCCCAACCGCACGUACGCCGGUUCCCAUACGCUAUAAACCGUGGAUAAUAUUUGUUGAACCGCAAGAUGUUUAUGUUAAAAUUGAAACCAGAUAG